AUGGAUAAAACUGGCGAGAUACAACAAGAGAAUAUGCUAGGUGAGGCUGCGAUGAUGCGCAGACAAUCAACCACAGGGAUAAAUCCACUUGUAUUUUCAUUGGUCGAUGUUGCACGGGAAACCAAUCGCGCCUUUAUGAGAGCCUGUGAUAAAUCAUCAUCUGAAGAAAUUACUUUAUCAGUUUCAAAAGACAAUGAGUCUACAACAGCAGAGCAUGGAAACAACCAGCACUAUUCUUUCAGUCGUCAUACAUCAUCAGCUGCCAAGAAGAUCUGCAAAUUCUGCCGCCAGAAUGGAGAGCGCAAACAGUUUUAUGAGAGCCAUCAACUUAAAGAUAAAUUUGGUAAUGUUGAAUGCCCUGUACUGAGAGAAUAUGUUUGUGAUGUAUGUGGCAAAACAGGCAGUGAAGCUCAUACCAGAACAUACUGCCCAGUGUUAAGAAAUCCAGGAGGAAACAAAUUUCCCAUUGCUCUAAAAUUGAAGCACACUCUACAUGACAGUUGUGGACGUAUACGAAAAUAA